AUGCAGAGACCACCUCCCUUAACUCAUAAAAAUCUUGCUAUGCUUUCAGUUGAAUCAUAGAAUAUAAAAAAUCUUGGAGCUUUGAUUCAAGUUUAGAAUUUUAUCAGAAGAUUUUUAGCAAAAAGGUCACUUAAGAACAAAUUAAUUGAAGUAAAUUAGUGCUAAUAUUCUAAUUUUGAUGUAUAGGUUGGAAAAUCGAAGUAUUUUACAUAUGAAGAAUAUUGGGAGACUCUUAAAGGAUCGAAGGAAAUUUAUAGAAAGGAUAAACCUAGAUAGAAAAGAUAAUUUCUGUAUGCAUCUUCAGGGGCUGUUUACAGGGGUGAAUGGAAAGGCAAUUUCAGAGACGGUUCAGGAACUAUGACAUGGCCAGAUGGAGCUAUCUAUGAAGGACAGUGGAAAGAUAAUCAUGCUUGGGGUUAAGGAAGAUUUUAACAUUCAUCGGGUGAUGUUUAUGAGGGUUAGUGGGUUAGAGACAAAGCCAAAGGUUUCGGAGUCUAUCAAAGCAAGGAUGGAGGAUAAUACAAAGGAGAAUGGUUGAAUGAUUAAUAACAUGGUAAAGGUCAGGAAGUGUGGGGUGAUGGCUCUAAAUAUGAGGGUGAUUACUUUAAAAGUUAGAAAUAAGGACUUGGAAGCUAUGUCUGGCCUAAUGGUUCUACUUAUAUUGGAUAGUGGCAUAGAAAUAUGAUUAAUGGAUGUGGGAUAUAAACUUGGUUUGAUGGUAGAAAUUAUCAUGGUGAGUUCAAAGAUAAUCUUAUGAAUGGAUUUGGAAUUUAUACAUUCGCAGAUGGCAAGCAAUACUAUGGCUAGUAUUAAAAUGAUAAGAAACAUGGAUAUGGAAUCUAUAAUUGGACUGACGGUAAAUAGUAUCAUGGAUGGUGGUCAAAUGGAAAGCAAGAAGGAUAUGGGAUAUUUUUCUAGGCAGAUCAUCAAUCUAAGAAAGGAUUGUGGUAAGAUGGUAAGAAAGCAUAAUGGUAUUCAAGAGAGGAAUCUGACAAAAUCCAUAAAGAUUUCAUUUCUAUGUCAAAGUAAAAGAAAAUGCUAACUGAAGAGGAUUACAGAAAGACAUUUGAAAAACCAAAGGAUUUCGAUGCAAUGGCUUAACGAGUGAAGGACAAAAUCGAUAAAUUUGCUUCACAAACUUACAGCUUUAACAGUCAAAAUGCUGGAAAUUAAUGA